AUGUUUACUGGAGGAAGGUAUGUUCGUGCCCCAGAGUUCCAGAGUGACUCGGAAAAACUCGAUGAGGUUCCAUCGAGCGCAUCGGAUUACGAAGGAAGGGAAAAACAACUGCACGAGGUUGGAUUUGGUGAAAAUGAAACCUGCGGAAGCGAGCUUAAUGGAAGCGAUGAAUCCACUUCUGAAACCGGAGACGACGAAAGAUUAAGUGCACAUCAGGGAGUGGAGCUAUCGGCGAUGCGGAACGAAAAUCGCGAAUACUACGAGCGGAUGAAGCAGAUGGAAGCCACUCUAAACCAACUUGUGAAAGCUUUGGAUUCGAACCAGUCGAUAAAUGGACCCAAUAAACCACCUGGCGAAGUUGAUCAUAGCUGGAGCAUUGGUAGUGUGGUUCCAGGACCAUCGUCCAGCUCGAGUAAUAUUCGCUGGGAGAACAUUCAACCGUUCCCCAACAAUAUUCCGGCCAAUAAAAUGUGGGAACAUUGGCAUCGAUUUGUGGACCGUUUUGAAAUCGCCAUGUCCCUCGGAAACAUCAACGAUCCGGUAAAGCUCGCCCAGGGCUUGUUUAUUUCGAUGGGAGAAAAGCUGCAAGGAAUCAUCCUGGCUGCUAGGCUUCGCCCGAGCUUGAAUGAACCUAACUGUUACGCCGUUUUCGUGAAGAACGUAGAGGAUUACUUGCGGUCAAUGGUGGAUGUAACGGCAGAGCACGAGGCGUUUACCAACUUAAAGCAAUACAUGGAUGAACCGACUCUGGCUUUCCAAGCUCGCCUAAUGGAAAAGGUUCGCCUAUGUGGAUAUAGUAGGGAUGACCAGAAUCGAUUCGUGCGUGCCCAAUUGUUGAAAGGGAUGAGGAAUAAAGAUUUGGCGAAAACAGCGAGAACUUUUGGCUACGAAACUACGUUCAUAGUACAAUCUGCAACCCGCGAAGAAGCUUAUACAGCAGAAACGAUGCAACCCGAUUCAUCGCAAGCGUUUGCGGUUACUCGAAAUAGGCAGAGAGCUUACGACCAGCAACAGUGGAAGCGGAAACAUGAAAUACCUAACAAAGAUGGAAAUCAACGGAAAAAAAGAGAUGGUCAUGACAAUAGAUAUCGCGGUCCGGGACGCCGCUCAAGAUGCUCAAAAUGUGACAAGCCGUUUCACAAAUUCGGAUCUUGCACUGCAAUAAACAAUAACUGUAAUAAUUGUGGCAAACGGGGACACUUUGCAGUCGUGUGUUGGAAUAAAGCUGCUAACAACGUCCAAGUUGAUCGAAGUCAGCCACGAGAAGAAAACAUGAAGAUUUUAGGGGCGGAUGUCAAUACUAUUGGCGGAGAUGAUUGGAAACGGUUGGAACAUGAAUUUCAUGUGGGAACAGCCAAGCUAGAGCCAAUUCAACUACCCAACGAUAGUGCCGUGCAUUCUUAUGCUUCAAUUAAACCCAUUUCCGUGACACAUGCAUUCACAGCUGAGGUAGAAGUAGUGGGGUGUCACAAGCCGUUGGUUAAUGCUGAGUUCUUAGUCAUUGACAAAGGUAGCCGUUCGCUAUUGGGUCGGUCCACAGCGAGUGAUUUGAAGCUACUGAAGGUUGGUAUAGCCGUCAACAACUGUGAGACAUCGGAACAGUUAUCCACGUUUCCUAAAGUACCAGGGGUUCAAGUGAAAUUUAGUGUUGAUAAGGCCAUCGCUCCAACUAAGAAUGCGUACUUCAACGUUCCGGCGGCUUAUAGAGAAAGUGCGAAAGCCAGGCUCACAGAAAUGGAAAAUCGGGGCAUCAUAGAGCGUGUGACAACAGCUCCAGAAUGGAGCAUGUCGGUGGUAGCCAAAGGUAAAGGAGAUUUUCGUUUGGUAGUAAACAUGCGAGCGCAAAAUCGAGCAAUUAAACGCGAGUAUUAUCGCUUACCGUUACUUGACGAGAUGAAAGUUAAACUUUAUGGAGCCAAUUACUUCUCGAAGCUCGAUUUGACGAAUGCUUUCUACCAUUUGGAGCUACACGAGUCUUCAAGGGAUCUAACAACAUUCAUGUCAGAAAAUGGUAUGUUCCGAUUUACUCGUUUAAUGUUCGGGGUCAACUGUGCACCCGAAAUUUUCCAACGCGAAAUGUCAAGAAUUCUCGAAAGUGUAAAGAAUAUAAUCGUGUAUAUAGAUGAUAUACUUAUUUUCGCGAAAACUCUCGAAGAACUUCGCAAAACCACAGCCCAAGUUCUGAUGAUCCUAAAAGAGAACAAUUUAACAGUGAAUAGCGACAAAUGCGAAUAUGAUCGAACCCGAAUUAAGUUUCUUGGUCACGAGCUAGACAAAAAUGGUUUUAACAUUGAUGAGGCGAAAGUUAGACAUAUCGAGAGAUUCAGGCAACCGAACACCAUAUCUGAGCUCCGAAGCUUCCUGGGGUUUGCUUCUUUCCUAAGCCCUUACAUUCAGGGGUUUGCCAACAUCACGAGACCGUUAUGGGAACUUACAAGUUGUAAUAUUUGGACCUGGAGCGAUGAGCAGACAAAAGCGUUCGAACAUUUGAAAAACCAAAUCGCCCAAUGCACAGUAUCUCUUGGAUAUUUCUCGAGCACGGAGAAAACUAUUUUAUACACGGACGCUUCACCACAUGCCCUUGGUGCUGUCUUAGUACAAGACGAUGGCAGAAAACCUCCGCGUGUUAUAAGUUUCGCAUCGAAAGCCUUAACCAUGACUGAAAAAAAGUAUCCACAAAUCCAGCGGGAAGCUUUGGCAGCAGUGUGGGCAGUGGAAUAUUUCGCCUAUUUCUUGUUGGGAAGACAUUUCACGCUUCGAACCGAUGCGCAGGGUUUCACGUUUAUUCUAAACCGACUGCGAGAGGACUCAAAGCGUGCUCUAAAUCGGGCGGAUGAAAACAUCGCUGAUUCAUCGUCAAGACUUUAUGUCGGCAAUGAUGCUCCCUUUGAAGAAGGUACAAGCCCAUGGGAAAUCGCAGCACUUGAAGUGAAUCAGGUUAGAUUCUUAACGGAGGAAGAGAUAAGACUUGCUACAGUGGAUGAUGUACAGCUUAAGAAGGUGGUAGACGCACUUGAAACGGGGUAUUGGCCUAAAGAAUUGAAGAGGUUUGAAAUGCUUGCAGAUGAUUUUACUAUCCUACGUCAGAAGACACUAGAGAUCGCUCAUGAGGGGCAUCCAGCAACGGCCAAGUUCAAAAGUAUAUUGCGAGAACGCGUAUGGUAUGGUGUUGAAUAUAAGCAGUAUUGCCGUGAACGCGGUAUCAACACCAUUUUCUCCACACCGUUGUAUCCCCAACAAAAUGGCCUUGCAGAGAGCUGUAUGAAACUGAUUAAUAAGGCAAUGACAGCAGCAGCUUCAACCGGGGCAAAUUAUAGAGAGGAGUUGAAAGCAGCUAUUCAUGCUUACAACGCCGCUGCGCACUCUGUUACAGGGGUACCACCAGAAGAAGACGGGGAGAAAAAUCAAGCGUGGGCUGCCCCUUCUGCGUCGCGGGAAAGCUUCAUUUGA